AUGGCUGUCGCAAGACUCACUGCGCGAUCCGGCCUCCUCGCGCGAGCAGUGCGGGCAACCUGUGACUCACCGAGCCACCCAAUGGCCCAGUCUUUCAUUUCCCGCCCGACUCGCGCGACCGGAUCCUCACCUACCGUCCCCUUCUCAACCACCGCCUCCUUUUCAUGCGCCAAAACCCAGACCCCAACCCCGGACGCCAAGUCCGAGACCCCAACUCAGACUGACAAUGAAUCCGAUCCAACAGACCGGUACGCAGCAGGCCUCCGCCUGAACAAGGAAUGGGCAGCCCAAACAGCCCGCGACCACCCCGAACUGUUUCCCACCCUCGCAAAUGGACAAAAGCCCCAAAUCCUAUGGAUCGGAUGCUCUGACUCCCGUUGUCCCGAAACCACCUUCCUAGGCCUGCACCCCGGGGAUGUCUUCGUGCACCGCAACAUCGCAAACGUCAUGCACCCCGGUGAUCUCAGCUCCUCUGCCGUCAUCGAAUACGCCGUGCAAUAUCUCCGCGUCAGCCACGUCGUGGUCUGCGGCCACACAGCCUGCGGUGGUGUUGCUGCCGCCAUGGGGAACAAGAACCUAGGCAUUUUGGAUCCCUGGCUGCUGCCAUUGCGUCAGCUGCGUGAACGCAAUUUGGAACUCCUCUCUAACAUGACUCCUGAUAAGGCGGCGAUGAAAUUGGCGGAGUUGAAUGUUCGUGAGGGACUGAAUGUCGUUAAGCAGAAGGGUGUUGUUCUCAAUGCGAUUCAGGAGCGGGGUCUUCAGCUCCACGGCCUCAUUUAUGAUGUUGGUUCUGGUGUGCUUAGUGAGUUGGAUACUCAGGAUUCGGAGGAGGUCAUUCGGGCUCGUUUGACGGCGUUCCAGACGGAAUAG